UGAUGAUAAGAAAGAAGUAAAUAAAGGAAUCAUGGAACUACACCCGCUCCUUGUGUUUCAAAGUGCCUGUACGUACACGAUAAUAUUAAGACAUCUUAUAACAAUCGGUGGAAUCAUUUUAACCCUGAACAAUUGUGAUGGUUCGAUUAUCGUUUCUGACUAUUCAAAAAUCAAGCAGGAUUCAAAUUUAGUUACGUCAAAUCCGGUGAAAAUAACCCGGAGCCUACUAGAAUGCUCGCAGUACUGUACUUCCACUGAAAACUGUUGUGGUUUGAAUUAUCAUAAAAUAGAAAAGACAUGCAUUUGUUUAUACGAACAAGACUUUGUAAAUCCUUCUUUCGCAAACGAAAACUAUAUGGCAGUUUACAUACACAAACAAUGUAUUCAUUUAUAUGAGAUUCCAAGUUCAACAAAAUCAGCAACCGCAGCAACAGCAACCUCUCAAGAAGCAACAAAAAAGAAAUCAUCCACUACGACAAUAAGCAUUCCUACCACGACAACAAAAACAACAACAGCCCUGGCCACAACAACAGCACAUACACAAUCAACGACAAAAAGUGUAGAAACCACGACGUCAACAACAACAAAUGCGAAAACAACAACUAAAGCACCAACCAUGCUAACAACAACAACAACAAACCUGCCAACAACAACAGUAACAAAUGCGCCGGCAACAAUAACAACAACGAUAGCAAAUGCGCCGACAACAAUAACAACAACAACAGUUAAGUCUACCUCGCAGUGUGUAGCUGACGCUUUAUUGUGCUUAACAAAUAUAAUAUAUUUAUUUAGUGAUAACAAUGUAUAUACAUAUGACACUAUAAAUGACAUAACAGUAGGAGCGAAAAACUCUCAGAAAAUCUCUGAAGUGUUCCAAUCAACAAGCAGUAAUGUGAUAGGCGCUUAUUCUCAUUCGGACAGUAUUUAUCUUUUUACAGGCACUAAUGAAGUACAUUUGUAUUCUUCUGCAAGCUCAACAAGCUUCCAUUUCCAAAGCACAGUAACAUGGUCCGAACAUUUUGGGACAAGUGACAUCACAUCUAUUGAUGACGUCAUUUACACGUCAUCUGGAGAACAAUACGUGAUAAAUGGUGAUAACAUGUACAUCGUUUCUAGUAAUGGGAAAGUGGAAACUUCACCUCUUGACAACAAUGGAAAUAAAAACGUUUACAAAAGCAAGAACUUUAACGAACGACCAUUGUCAAUCACAGGGGCAUGUGCAAUAGAUGCAGUUACUCACGCUUUCACAGAUUCUUCGUUGUUUUUGUUUGACUUUGAGACAAAAAAAUGGACAAGAUACAACAGUGUAACUUGCUGAGCGAUGGAACUACCAAUCAUUGACUGUACGUACAGUAUAUAACCACUCGAUAUGCCUGUAUUUCGAGAAAUGGUAUGUAAGCCAAAUCUAUGUGAGACAUGUAUAACUGUGCAACUU